AGCUUUGCCGUGAGGAUUGUGUGCUUAAAAUACAGUACGCAGAUUACUCUGGCGACAAACAGAGCAGUACGUACGUUCUUAUGUCAGAUCUCUGUGUAACUUGGGGCCGACUGGUCGCUGCUGCGUUCUACUUACUUCCAGUGAAUAUUCGCAUUUCAAGCCAGCGUUACUUAUGGUCGUGAAUCCCAUUCAUCCUUGAUGAUGAGCUCACCAUCUAGUUUUUAAUAUUAUAUGACGUCUAUGAAUGAAGCGUUAUCGGUUUACUCCAUUAUUGACGUCAUCUCUUUCCUAGAAUAAUUGUGUUUCGGAAGAUAACGAUGUCUUGAGUGUUUGUGCUGAGGAAUAUUUAUCUUCAGGAAAAUUUUUUGAACAGUAUAAUGUAGAACGUUAUGUUGAUUUUUGGGAAUGUAUUAAACUGAUUUUUUUUUAAAAAAAGGAAGAACGAAUGUUUAGAUUCUUUCUAUGGUACGGACGUUCUUGUCCCACUUGAGAUUUAUAACCUGUCCUAAGCCUUUGGAGAGGAGUUGGAAACUGUAGUUUUGACAGCUUACGGAAUCUUCCUGGUUACCAGCGUGUAGGACAUUGUAUAGUGGUGGAUUUCUGGCAACAUAAGUUUGGACAUUCAAUUGUAUAGAUUCUGAAGUUCUGAUACUUUUGUCUUUGGAGGGAAUCAGUUAGUUCUUGGGAAGUAAAUGUUCUUCGAUGACUUAAAGAUAUUACUAUGGCCUUCAUUAUUACGAGUAUCAGGGCAUGGUUGGGAAUAUUUAUUUUGUGCAAUAUUUUCCUCUACCUAGAAGGAUGUGGACAGGGAAAUGGACCAAGUAUAGGUAGAAUUUCACAAGAUGAGGAACUUGAAGCAGGUUCCACUCUUUUUCUGAAUUGUACAGUCGUCAGUGUGCAGGGUUUGAACUCUUCCAAUAUAUUUUUCCAAUUCAAUAACAGUACACUUUCACAGAAGCUUGUGUUCUUGCUUGACUCACAGACUGCUCAGUUGAGAAUCCCAAAUGUACAAAUUCAGCAUUCAGGGAAGUACUCCUGUUAUAUAAAGCCAACUGAUGGAGACCCCACUUUUAUUUGUUUGAGCCAAGUUCUUGUUGAAAGUAAGCCACAACCUGUGGAGAAAUUCUGGUGUGUGAGUGAAAGUUUUUUGAACCUUACAUGUUGCUGGAAACCACAAUACAACUCUUCGAUUACCACAUACAAACUGUUUCACAUGUGGCAUGCAAUACCACAAAUAUAUGAUGGAAUUUCGAUAGUAUGUCCUGUAUCGCUGAACAGAACUUGCUGUCAGUGGAGGUUAGAUACCAGGCCAUCAUACAGAAGAUAUGACAAACACUUGUACUUCCAGUUACAUUCUACAAAUAAAUUUGGCAAUCUGGUGGAAAAAUUUGACUUGAACCAUUUUGAAAAUGUAAUUUCUGAUGCUCCACUCCAUUUGGAAGUUACCAAUAAAACUCAGAAUGAGAUAACUAUCACCUGGAAUCAUCCAAAAGGUUUCCAGUUUGGAGAAUUUAAAGAAGGACUUCAUUAUCAACUGAGAUACAGAAAUGCAAACACCCAAGAUGAAUGGAAAGUGCACGAAGUUGGAAGAGAUAAAACUGAAUACACUCUAAUCGAUUUGAUACCUUAUACCCGUUAUGACAUUCAACUUCGAUGUCGAUCUAGUAAAGCAGAUCCAAAUUUAGAAAAAAUGUGGAGUGAGUUUACUAUCAUUUUAUGUCGCACUGAUCCUGAUGUGCCAUAUUUGAUUCCUGAUACCAGAAAGGAUGCUUUUGAACAAACCAUACUGCACUUUGAAAGACGAAUAACUUUAUAUUGGAAACCUGUCCCUAAAGAAAGUUAUAAUGGAGAAGAUUUUUAUUACGUGAUUGAGUGUCUGAUUGAUCAUACUUCACAUCCCAAACAAAGUAUUAGAGUUCAAAAAGUGGAGGGUUCACUAACUAAAUAUACAUUUGACCAUUUGGAACUUAAAAUACCAUAUAAGUUUAUUUUAUACUCGGUAAACAAAGAGGGUCAAUCAGACAGGUCAUCAGAAAUUUUCGUAGAUAGUGUGGAAAGAAUCAUUCCAAGACCAGCCAACAUCACAGCUGUUUCUUUUGCCAAUGGUACUUAUAAGUUAGAUUGGGAUUAUCCUACAGAAAAAUUACCAAUUACCAGUUUUACUGUCUUCUGGUGUAACAAUCCCAAACCUCGUCCUUUUACCUGUAACCAUCCUGUCAGCUGGAAAACCUUUUCCGCUGAAAUCAAUUCAGCAAAAUUUGAUUUUCAGAAGGAUUUAAACUACCAGUUUGCUGUUGCAGCUAAUUCUGAAAGAUCAACAUCGGGGAUGGAGUGGGCAGUAUGUAUUGUUCCUGCUGAAAAAGCAUUGGACAAAGUGGUUAUUGAUGUCUAUGCAUGUAAUGAGAGCUGUCUGAUUGUAAAGUGGGUUUUAGCAUGUAAAGCUCAGAAGAAAUUAAUUCAGGAAUACAUCGUACAGUAUUGCCAAUCUACUUUGAAUCAGUCUUGUCUUGAAAUGGUAAUAAGUGAUCCACAUGCUGAAAAAGUUAUCUUGAGGGAUGGGCUACAGCCAUUCACAAAGUACCUUGUCAGUGUUAAAACAAAAACACUAAGUGGACUAGUCAGUGAAUUUAGUGAAGGAGUACUUGCCACUACAAAAGCAGGGACACCCACUGAACCAUUAAAUAUACAAGGCAAAACAAAUUCCACAGCUAUUAGCAUUACCUGGCAAAGGCCUGAGCAUCCAAAUGGUAUCAUAGAGCAUUACAUCAUUUGGUUUAAUGGACAUAACAAGAAAGUUGAUCACUGUGGGGAAAGUCAGCUCUGCUCUACUGUUAUUGAUGAAGACAUCAGAAGUUAUACAAACUAUUCAAUUAGUGUUCAGGCCUGUGGUAAAUAUUCAUGUUCCAAAAAGUCCAGCAUCUUCUAUGCCAUGGUUGGUAUCAGAGCACCUGGGAUAAUGAAGGAACCAGUAGUAGAAAUCCUGAAUACAACAACUGUUCGUGUACGAUGGAUCCCUCCAGAUGAACCCAAUGGUCCAAUUGACCUGUAUCAACUACACAUAGGCUGGAGUAACUCUGAAAACAUGACAGACUCAGGAGAGAGAGUGUAUAAUGUUUCAAGUGUAUCUAGCUUGGGUGAUAAAGCAUAUAGUUCAUAUUUUUCACCAGAUUGUACAGAGUCAGACCAAACCAAAACAUUCUCCUUUCAAAUUCAAGCAAUCAACAUUGAGAAUGAGAACCUGCUGAAGGGUCCUCUUAGUAAUAAAACAGAAACCCGUCCAUGCAUAGUAAAAGGACCUGAAGCAGCAUUGGUGAUUGGUAUUGUAGUUGGAAGCUGUCUUGGCCUUGUUCUGCUUGUGUUUAUUUUAUCUGCUGUAGUGAGAUGGAUGAAGAAGAAGGUUGAAUGGAUGAAUGAUAUUAAAGUACAGUUACCUAGCGGACUAGAUAAACCUCAUUCGCAUCCAUUCAGUGACUAUCAUAAGUUUAAAAGAGACCUGAUCAGAAAUGGCAGUUACCCUAACACGAGUUCUACAUUUGACCAUCUCAGUUCCUUCUCUGAUAUAGCUGAUUUCAAGGAGAAACAAGGGUCACUCAAUUCCCAUUAUAGCAGCUCUUCAACAGAUGAGCUGGUACACAAGAAGUCAAGACUAUGUGACAAAUACAGAAGAAAUCACAGUAGUGACAGCAAUGAUAUAACUUUGCUAGGUGGUCAUGAGAGUGUAUCGUCAGUUGCUAAUCGUACUCAUUUCUCAUCAGACUCUGGUACUGAGAUUGAUCUUCAUCCUCCCCUAUCUCCUGAAGAUAGUCAGCCAGAAAGUUCUAAUCACACACCCCUGUCUUCUGGACCAGGUCUUUCCAAAGUGGAAGAAAUUUAUAAUACUGAUAGUAGGGAUUCAGGCCUAGAUCAUGAUCAAUUGGAUGAUAGCAGGGAAAAAUGGCCUAUAUCAGGGACUCAAGCUCAACAUCCCUACAAAAGAUUUGAUCAAGUUAUAGGGUAUGUUCCACUCCCCAGCCAGAACACUAAUAUAACUUCAAGCCAUCUUCUUGCCAAUAGUGAGCCCUCCAUUCAUGAUGAUGAGGGAGUAACAGCUGAAGAUGGUUCAUGUUAUUCAAGAUUUGGUUUAGCCAAGAGUGUUGGAAGUGUCAUGGAAGAAAGCAGAGUUCCCCAAUCUGCCCCAGGAGAAGAUUUGCCUAAUACUUUAAGCUAUUCUAAAUUUGGUGUAAUAUCCCCUACCAGUCAUGAAAGACACAGGAACCCAACAGUUGGUUUAGUUCUGAAUCAUUCUAGGCCUUUUCAAAACUCUCAAAAUAAUUGUUUGGAUCCAGUAAGAGGUUCAAACCAACCUGUGUCUAAAAUGUAUGUUACUGUGCCCCAGACUAACAACUUUAUUGUUCCACACUCUGUGGUAGAACCCAUCAAGCCAGGUUUGUAUUCAGAUUUUGGAGUUGAGUCAAAAGCUACAGAAUCUCCUCUCAUCUCAUCUGGCUAUGUGCAAAUACAGGAUAACUUCAAUCCAGAAUUCUUACCAGAAGGAGACAAUAUUGAUAACAAAGGGUAUUCUAGAUUUGCAUUGGACCCGAUUCCUGAUAAUGAUCAUUGCAAGCCAUUACCCUCUGAUGCUCAUCCAGAUCUAGAUGAAACUUCUUCUCCUUCUGUAAGUUGCCUUAAUGGUGUAGCAUCAUUUCCACAAAAAAACAGUAAUAUUGAUCAUGUAAAGUCUCCUGAUUCUUUUUUGUAUGAAGCUGAUUGCUGUAGUAAUGAGAAUAUUGCUCCUGUGGUUGGUGGCUUUCCCAGUAAUGGAUAUGUGCAGUGUCCCAUUCAUCAGUACAGAGCAAGUGAACAGUUAGAAGAUUUGGACUUAGAGACUCCAGAAUGGACAAGUACAAGUAAUAAUUCAGCUAAAGCUUUAGAAAGUUCUGAUCCAAAUCUUUUGUCAAUUGAGGUUCCUCCUAGAAACCUCUCUGGCAAAAAUAAUGGCUAUGUGUCUUGGGGUAAUGCUGUUCAGGAUCAAGAUGUGCCAGAAAAGAAAAGCACCACCAUGGCAGGGUUGAUAGGUGGUAUUAAUGAGUCAGAAGAGCGAAUUCAAUUUCAGGACACAGUAAUAUAAAAAAUAGGUGAACUAAAGUGUUUUCACAUUAUGUGGGCAUUGUCUAUACUAGGAUGUUAUAAUAUACGAGUUAUUAGUACCCACAAUAAGAUAUGUGAAGUUAUAUAUGCAAUGGAAGGGGACUUUAUAAGUCAUAAGAACUACUACAAACAAUGAGAAUAUGUGAAUGUUUGGUACAAAUAUUUAGAGUGCAUUUUUAUUUCAAGGUUUUUGCUUUACUCUAAAUACACUUAAAUGUUUUCAUUAAGGUUUACUUUCAAAUUUGAAGUCUUGUAGUAAGGGAAAUUGAUGAUUAAAUAUACGACAUAUGAAGAUCUGGUAAGUUUGAUUGUGGUAUCUAAAACAUAUUCAAGAAUGUUUUUGUUUUUUUCAUAUUUGAGCAUAUGAGAAUAUCCUUUAUAGUAAAUUAAAGAAAAUGUUUAGUUUUAAUACAGUAUUUAUUUUUCAAAUAAUAAUAAAUAGAAUAGGUGUUGUGUGGUUGAAAAAGUUAGCCAUUUUUAUAAAUCCAUACGUGUCUUGCAUUCAUCUCAUUUCAGCUGUUUGGAAUUUUUUUCCAUUAUUGUUUAGAUUUAGUGGAAAAACCUUAAUCAGUUGCAACAUUUGCAAUUUUCAUAUAAUAUUAUAGAUACUGUGCCAAAGUGUUCUUUGCUCCUCAUCACCACAGACUAAAGAAGUGUGCCUUUUUUUUUUCAUUGUGAGUGUCAGCAAAGUGUCACUGUUUGAUAAAAAAAUAUUUUGGUAUUUCAGGUAUCUUUAACGUUAGGAAAAACUAUUAACAUGUGUUUAAGGAAUUUCAGGCAAUUCAUUAAUUAUAAGGUCAUGACUGGAUUUGUUAAAUUAAUUAAAGCAAUUACUAAUAAUUGUUUUAUUUUUUGAAAGAGAUAAUAGUUAAAAAAUACCACUCCAAACAUAGUAUUUCCAAAAAUGAGUGGUUUCAAAAGAUACUUAAAUUGAACUUUUGAAAAGCUGAGAAAAAUAGUUUCCAUUGAAGUACUGUAAACAGACGUUUUUUGUUUUUUUAAGUAGGAUAGAAACUAUAUAAAUCGUGUUUUAGGAGAUUGACAGUAGAAUUUUAAAUUUAAUUUUUGUCAGAUGAGUUAAAAAUAUAAAUUUGUAUUCUCAUUAUUGUGUAUUUUCAUUAUUGAAUAUUAUAGAAUAUUUUUGUUUCGUUUUUACAAAAAAAUUCUGAGAUUCAGAUAAAACACAGAAUGAAAUGACAUACGCUUAAUGCAAGUUUGAUCAAGAGUAGCAUGCUAGUUGUUUAACUCGGGUCUAUAGUUCAUCCAGUAGUAACACAAUAAUUUUUACUCAUGAUUGUAUACAAUGUGUUGCUUUGAGAUAAGUAAAAGAACCUCCUGUAUUAAUAUAAUUCAUCCUUCACAAUUUUCUGGUGAUAAAAUUGGGUGUUUUGGUGAUGGUCCUUUGAUUUGUGAUGAAAUAAUUUACUUAGGACAAGUUGACUUUGAUUUUAUUAUAUUCAAGCCACCUGCAAAAUAAGCAUGACUUAAGAACUCUGUUUUAAUCUGUAGCUGUCAAAACAUAAGCUACUUGUAGUGUGUGUGUGUGUGUAUAUAUGUAAAUUUUUCUUUCUUUUACUUCUAUUUAGUUAUUAUAAAAUAUAUGUACUGAAUAAUUUAAAUAGAAAGUUAUGGUUUACAUGCUGAAAGUUGGAGAAGCAUUAGAAACCAAUAGGCCUAAGAUUUGUGAUAAAAAUCACGUUAAAAUAUUAUGUAUUUAUAAAUGGCAUUUAAGAGAGUCUUUUGUUUCUCAUUUCAGUCCGACUGACAAGUUCUGGUAUUGAAUGAAAGGCCUCUUGGGCAGUGACUUGUAGGAGACAAAAGAUAGAUCUGAAAUGUUAUUUUUACAUGCUUCUAAUGUUGAAUCUGUAAAGGAAAAAUUAAGAGGAAUGAGGAAAACAAUCAUCUGAGUUUAACAUGAUUUUGAUCACAAAUCUUAGGCCUAAAUAGGAAGUUGUUUUUCUUAGCAAGCCUGAAAAUCAUAUUCUUUAUACCAUAGUUCAAUGUCUUUAUAAGAUUAGACAAAAGUUUGGUGGGUAAAAUCUUGAGAGGUACUAUAAGUAUAAGAUAAAAGAAAUACUUCCAUGUUCUUUGUUAAACAAAGAACUCAAGAACUGUUUUACUCUAUAGUUGUGAUCACUUAAGUCUUGUUUCGUAGUGUACAUUUGAUUUUACUAUAAAUGCAAAUGCAGGUGAUUGAAAUAUUGCUUUAAACUUUUGUACACAUACAUGAGCUAUUUACAUUCUUGAAAUCACAUAUUUUCAUAUGACCUUUGUAAGGUUAGAGCUCAGAAAUUAAGAUAUUAAGGUGAACUGUAUAAUAUAUGCUAAUAAUUGUUAUUUUUAUGCUAAAACUUUUUUUCCUUUUAACUAUUAAAAUGAUGUAAAGAAAUACAAAGGUCUUAACUUGGAAUGACUGAGAAGAAUGAAAAAUAUUUGAAAGGCAAAUAGUUUUAUCGUUUUUUCAGAUUUGUAUUAUGUGAAGUGUAAUGUUCUCUUAAGCUAUUCUCACACCUUUUAAGAACUUGUAAUUAUGAAAAAAGUUUGUAAGACUGUUUUGUAUUUCGUAUACCUCACCAGAAAACUUAAUCACUAUUUGAAAUAAAGUGUAUGGUAUAAAUUUUGGGAGAGUGUAUAUACAUAUAUAUGUAUAUAAAUCCUACCUCUCUAUACUUUAUUAGAUAAAUAUUAAAUAGUAAGGAGAUUAGGUUAUAUGAUAAUAGAUUUUAUACACUUACUUAGUUGUAUUUGUAAAUGCAAUUUCGCUCACUAAUCUGAGGCCAGUGGUGGUUUGUUUGUUCACCAUCAAUUGUGCUUUAAGAGAUUACAUCUCGUACGUAGUACAAGGAAGUCUGGGAAAUUUUUGUGUAAGUAGAAUCUGUCUUUUAGAAUGUAUGUAGUACACGUGGAGUCUCUCUCUGUGUUUGUAGUUUAGAGGUGUUAAAAUGCACACUUACAUUUGCGUUGUUUAUUUUAAAUAGCUGGUAUACACACCAAUGGCCAACAGUGGAGAGCAACUAUAUAAAUGUUGCUGGUUUAGCAAAGCCAUGUUUCCCAUAAACCUCCAAUUUAGAAGAAUUAACUGUCGAAUGUAGAGUAAACCAUCCUAUUCUUAAUCCAAAUGUUUAUCGUGGAAGUAAUGCCUUUUCCCAUGUUAGAUUUGAUGCCAAUAUAUAUAUAUAUAUAUAUAUAUAUAUCUCUACGUUUUCUAAUUACUAUUCAGUUGGAUCUAAAUUUUAUAGUCAGCAUGAUUACAUACUUGUAAUUAUAUGUAAGUUUAAUGUACAUCUAUAGAUAAACUUAACUUAUUGGCAAUUGAAGGAAAUUCGUGUUUAAGAGGUAAUAGCUUAAGAUUGAAAUACGAGGAGAGAAAUAUUGAAAAUUGCUGUUAAGUAGUAUUUUAACCUAUGAAAUAUCGAAAGAUAUUGAGCUUUACCUCAAGUAGGUCUGUUUGCUUAAAAUUGCUGUCAGAACAAUUUUAAGAAAAUAAUUGAAUAUAGCUUUCAGUACUUUACAUUUCUGAGAUUUUAACCCUAAAUUCUGGUUAUGAUUUAUGUCAGAUAGCCGUAUUAGUAACAAUAUAUAUAUUUAUAUAAUGGUGAUAAAAUUGUGCAAGAUGAGAAUUUAUUUUUACUAUAAGAUAUCUAGGUAAAUAUAUAAUCAUAGUUCGCUUUAUAAUUUAUGUUUCCGUUUAACCUAAUUCGUCCAUAAAAACAUGCUACAAGUGUAUACAAAUUGCGAUUUAGAACGAAUACGCGUCACUAGAAUCCGAUGUUCAAAGGUAAAUCUAUAUGUAACUAUUAAUUUAAACCAUUAAAAUUGAAUGACGUUUUCAUAUUUUUAAAGAGCAGUCUAGCUGUCGCAUCAGUUAUGGAGAGCUCUUAUACUGUCAUUGGUUUUACCUGUUAGAAAACCUUAUUACUGAAACCCAAUACUUCAGCAGAUUUUUUAUUAAAGCCAGUUACUGCUUGAAAUAUUAACAAUAGAUUCUUUCUGUCAGAAAAUAUUUAGGCCUCAUAUCCGUAUGUUGUAAUUAACUCAUUUGUUAAGCCAAAGAAUAUUUUGUAUUGUUUUAGAGUAAUCGUUUUUUUUUGUUGUUGUUUUUUUUUUACAUUGUGUAUUUGUGUGUACAAUUAAUUAGGAAACUACUGUACAGUCAUUACUAAUAUAAUAUUUACAUUUCAUAUGGCCUUUGUUAUGUAAGGAAAAACAAAACAGGAAUUUUAAUGAUCACCAGUAUUCUGAAUUUAGGUACUGUCGUGUGUUGAUGUGUUAUUUUUGUAUGAUUGUCUUUAUUCAUUUUAGUUACGUUUAUUUGUAGUGCGUGUUUUCAGCAAUGUAUGCUUUUAAACUGCUAUAUAUUGUAGUUUAUCUCAUAAAAAGCAGAAUAUAACUGAAUAAAAAAAGUAUUCAAAACUA